UUGAGAGGUUUCUACAGAUUGCUAUCAAAAAUAACAAUUAAUUUCCUGGUGCGUUGCUGUUCAAUUCAUUGUGAAUUUUAAUUUUGCAAAUAUAUUUUGUACUUAUCUUUGAGUUUUUGACACGCAAUAUAUGAAUUUUCGACGAAAUUGUAGUAAUAAGAAGAAUGUUGUUUCAAAAAGGUGGCUUUAAAAUGAUAGGACAUGUAUGGAUUACUAUUUUAACGGUUGCGAAGUUAUCAUCUGGAAAUUAUAUUGAGUUAUUGAAUACAACCAACACAAACGCGCUUCGCAUUCUGGUUGGUAAAAAUGGUCGAGUAUACAUACACACAGGGGACACUAUGCUGCAGUUUAACAACUUAUCGCUCCAGCCGUCUAACCUUGCGUUCAAAGUGAACAACUCUGAUUGCUUUCCAGGAAGUCCCAGCGUCUGUCCACCUUCUGUAUUUGAGAUGAUUACCCUCGAAGACGAUCUAUUUCUGAUGGUGUGCGGCUCAGCGUACGAUGCUAAAUGUCUGCUUCACAUCGCCUCCAAUAUUUCUAAUGUGAACUACAUGAAGGCUUCGGUUGGAAAACCUGAAACAGCUGCAAUGUUUGGAAGCCCAAUAUCGUCUAUGAUUUUACAAAGUCAGUCGAGGUUACUGUCAGCGAUUUCUCCGGCAAAAACUGGGAUUCUUUCUGGUUGCACAACAACCGCCGAAAGUUUGAAUACUCAAAAUACUACAUGCAAUAGGCAUUUUGCACUUUCUCAACGAAUGCUCCGUCGCCUAAAUGCCACUCAUUUCAAUAUUCACUAUGAAAACCCAAGCCUUCGUCCGGACGCUCUCUUUAUUGCAGCUAAACCAAACAUCUCUUUUCGAUAUAUAUACGGUUUUCAUUCCAUCAACGUGAACAUGACACAUAACUAUUACCUCUUGAAAAACAGACCGACGAGUGAAGGUACCGAAAUUGGUUACAUAAUCCAGAUUUGUGCAAAUAGCUCCUACUUUGCAUCAUACACUGAGGCGAAAAUAGAGUGUAAUGGAUACAAAAGCAUUGUUGCUGCAACAGCACUCACCACUCAAAAUGAACAGAUUUUAUACGUGGUCUUUAAAGACGGAACAUUACAGGGCGUUAACCAUAUGUGCGUGUAUCGUGUUCACGCAAUUACUGACUUUUUCGACGAUCAGUUAAAACAGUGUUUCCACAGCGCCCGCGGUUCCGCGCCUGACUGGAUCUAUGGAGCUGAGCCGGCAUGUAAAGUUGUAAUGCCUAAUACGCAGAUCAAAUGCGGUUAUACUGAUAAAAACAGACGUAUAAUGACCAACGGAGCGCUUACCGGCGGAUUUCAUUCCCUGACCUUCACUGAAAACAUCACCUGCCUUGCCGCCCGGGCCGACGGGGACCAGGGAAACGUCCUUUUUGUACUUGGGACCAACAACGGCACAGUUCACAAAACUUUGUUUGACAAAGAGUAUAAAUUGCGGAAUGACUUUCUGUCGGUGUCCCCCACUUCAUCUCGUGUUGAAAGUCUCACAAUGGACCCGACGGGUAGAGCAGUCUUCUAUAUUUCCAAGGGAAACGUAAUCAAGCUUGCACUGGACGACUGCGGGAUACACUCGGAGUGUGCGGCUUGUCUUCGAGACCGGACUGAGGUGCUGGCAUGCAAGUGGAGCAUGUCAACUACUCGGCAUGGGAAAUGCGUCGACAAAACAUUGGCUAUUGCGAAUGAUACAAAAUAUUUUGUCGGUUCUUGCCCACCAAUUAUUCAAAACUUAACGCCUACCAUGGGACCAACAGCUGGUGGUACCCGACUAACGAUUACGGGACACUUCGGCCCUGCCGAUGCGACCUUAGAGGUCUACGUAGGGAAUGCCUCGUGUAAAGAAGUGGAUCAAAGCAAUCUCCCAACCAAACUGGCAUGUGUGACUCCUCCGCUAUCGGACUUGGACAAAACCAGCACCCUUUGGAAAGUCCUUGUGCGAGUGAAUGUAGCGCAAAAUAUGUCUGGGCCAUUGACCGUUCCUGUCGAAGGCGAAACAGAUGUGGAAUUUACGUACUUGGAACCCUGGCUUAACGUCAGUGAACCAGCCGUCAGCAGACUGUCGGGAGGGGUACAACUGGAACUACACGGUGCCAACUUCAAUAUAGGCAGCAACCGAAGUAUUGUUAUUGGGAAGGAUAGGUGUGAUGUCACAAAAUAUGACAUAGACUCAUCUGACACAAUUACAUGUCGAACGCCGAAACAAAAUGCAUCGGGUUUUUACAAUGUGUCACUUCACAUUGACGAUGCUGCUCUGUCAGGGGUUGUAAUACAUUAUACAGUCGAUCCUGACAUUAUAACGUUUGUUCCAUUGGUCACUACAGAAAGCGGUGGUAUAAAGAUAACUGUCUCCGGAGAAAGAAUAAACGGCCUUGGAUUCAAUGUACAACUAACUGCAGUGAACAACAUAGGACCUAAUGUGUCAUGGAUCCUGGAUCCAGGCAAAUGUUCGUAUGAGAAUACUUCCUUAGUCUGCAUUACGGGAAAGCUUCGAGGAGACUUGAACCCAAAUAACAGUCUUGCCAUUCCUAUCCUGGUGAACAUAUACGGUUGGCUCACCAACAACAGUAUUGGGAGUGUAAGGGUUAUCAAAGAUCCUGUCUUAGUACAAAGCUCAAGAAACACAACAAUUGUUUCGAACACAAGGCCAGUUAUUGAGAUCCAGGGCUCGGGUUGGUCGACAAUUCCAAUCGAGAACUUUCGUGUAACUGUCAACAACGCAAUUUCGUGUCACGUAAGAAGUGUAAAUGAAAGCAUUGUGUGUGAAGUUGAGAUUGACAACCACGUUUUCCAACAAAGAAAACCUCUGACAGUGAAGUGUUCAAUUGGAUUUCGGAUCUAUGCCGUUGGAACAGUGUCCUUCUCUCAAAAAGGACCAGAUGUUUUACCAUCUAUGGCGCCACGCAGUAACAAUGCUUAUAUGAUGUAUGGCAUCAUUGCCGGAUCUGUCGUCGGCUGCUUGGUGCUCGUCACCUGCAUCGUAUGUUCCGUCGUCAAGUACAGCAGGUACAAGUCACGACGCCUUAAUAGCGCAUCGUACAACGUGCACUUCCGAAGGGACGAUCGUGUUCUGUCGUUGGAGGGACUGUCGGAGAGCCACAAUUCAGAUGCAGCGCAGAAUCGUCAGAAUGACUACCAGCAGCGCUUAGUGGUAAAUAUGUCAUCGACUCAUGAGCACAGUUCGGACAAAGACACAGCCCCUCUUCUCCAAGAUAUUGAUCCCGAGAUUCUGCAGGAUCUCGAAGAAAAAGGCCUUCUAAUAGACAGCGAUUGCCUCAUUCUUGGCGAGCCGGUUGGCGAAGGGAAUUUUGGACAAGUUUUCAAGGCGUACCUACGAAGAAUUGGAGAAAAAGUGGAUUUGACAGUCGCUGCUAAGACUAUGCACAGAAGCAACCCGAAAGACUUGGAUGUGAACAUGUUCAUCAGGGAGGCUCUCAUUAUGAAGGACUUCGAGCAUAAGAACGUCAUGCAGCUCGUCGGUAUCUGCUUCGGAAUUGAGCGGCUGCCCCUGGUCAUCCUUCCCUUUCUGCCACGCGGCGACCUUCUCUCCUAUAUUCGCAACGUCAACAACGUCCCAAGGGUGCGUGAUCUCGUCAUGUACGGUGUUGACAUCGCAAAUGGAAUGCAGUACCUUGCAGAACUCAAAUUUGUACAUCGAGACUUAGCCGCCAGAAACUGCAUGCUAGCUGAUGACAUGACGGUCAAAGUAUCUGACUUCGGAUUGUCACGUGAUGUGUACGAGAGGGAAUACUACAGUUCCUGUGACAAGACGACGAAACUUCCUGUAAAGUGGAUGAGUCCGGAAAGUCUCGAAUUCGGACACUACAGCUCGAAAUCGGAUGUGUGGUCGUAUGGCGUUGUUCUCUGGGAGCUGCUCACGAGGGGCAUGUGUCCCUACCCGGCCGUGGACAACUGGGACAUCAUGCGUUACCUGAAGUCAGGCAGGCGGCUCGAGAAACCGGAGUAUUGUCCGGAUGACGUGUACCAGAUAAUGCUGCGCUGCUGGCAAUGGGAACCAGAAAAAAGACCGGCGUUCUCUGAGCUUGUAACCAGCGUUCCAGAGAUCCUAUGUCGCCGCGGGAGAUUCGAGUCCAGCCGAGGCAUGUCUGAAAGCAGUGAUUGUAAAUAGCAAACUCGGACGCGCUGCAGCUAACUCGAGAAAUAUUAGCUAAGAUUAGACUAGCUUUCGAAGUAUCAUCUGCGAACAGUUUGUUUUGUGCGCUAAACAUUUUGGAAUGCCCAUGCUAAAUAGCUGUCGCUCUUUAUCGAACUUAUUCUAAUAUAAGACGGUAUCUAAAAAAAUUACACUUACAGUGUGAAUUAUAUGAAACCAAUUCCCCGAGAUAUUUGGCUUUUAUCGGACCGUAUUAAGAAGAGAUAUAUCAGGCAUGUAGAGUGUGGUUCCCAAAUAGACCUUAAAGGGGCCUUUUCACGUUUUGGUAAAUUGACAAAAUUUAAAAAAAGUUGUUUUAGAAUAGCAAAUUUUCGUUUUUAGUUAUUAUGUUUGUGAGGAAACUAUAGUACUGAACAUUUACCAUGCUCUAAAAUAGCCGUUAUAUUCAUCUUUUGACGAUUUAAAAACCUGGAAAUUAUAAAGCGUUGCAACGCAAAGCAAUUGAAUAAUUUGGACAGUUCUGUUGUUGUCGUUAUAUUUUGUGAAAUUACGUGGAUUGUGGUUAUAAAGUCUAAAAUAGUUUGUGCAGUGUAUGAGCAAGGAUGGCCGAGUGGUCUAAGCGAUAGACAUUUACUCCAGGACUCUGAGGGUCAGCGGUUCGAGCCCUGUUGAGGGUAACUAUUUUUUUCUUUUUUAAAUUUUAUUCUUGAUUUUUUACUGGAGCGUUUUAGAUCAAAUGUUAACAUUUAUCAAUACAAAGCAUAAAAUGACAAACUUUAACAUAUGCCAAAAUCUGUGAAAAGGCCCCUUUAAUUGAGUAAUCCUUCGAUGUAAUUCCCUUACAUAAGAGACGCAUUUAGCGAAUACGAAAGUGGGAGGAAAGAAAUAUGUACUUUCAACAGGGGAUAGUUUAUUAUGUAUUAUUAUCAUUUAACGUUUAUGCAUUGCUGAUUUUUCCAAAGUGAGAGAUGUGUUGAUUGUACAGAAAAGAAACAUUAUUUAUGUAACGUUUGCCUCGUGGUAUUUGCUUAUAUAGGCAUUCGGAUAUUGAAGAACGAAUUUUUAAACAAAAUCUGUUUCCGACGUCAACAGCUGGAAAAAAGGACUUAAGAAUGUUAUCAUUUACGUACACAUUUUUAUUAACGUCAUACUAUUCCUUUGUUAACGACUAGACUCAGAGAUCAGUAUAUAUCUGAAUGGAGAGUUAAUGUUGAUUCAUCCACUUCAUUAUUUUUUAUAUGCGUUCGUUUAACACAUUUGUAAAUAAUUUCGCAAAACAGCUUAACAACGUAAUGCCUCUAUAGUUAUUUGGAUCGGAAAUAUCGCCCCGUUUAUGUAACGGAAUAAUAACUAAAUAAAUAAAAAUAAUAGAAAAAAAUGUA